AUGCGCCCUGGCUGGAUCCGCACCCUGGGACUUCGAGGCGUCCGUCCUCGAGCAGACCUACAGGUGCCGUGCGGAAGCCAGGGCACGGUGGGGGUUCGGCGUGCCGCCAAGACCGCCGUCCAGGCGGGGUGGGAGGAGGCACUGCGAUCGGCCAGAUACGGGGAGCGCACCGUCCAAGCGCUGCUCAUUGUACUGGCCGAUUGGAGAAAGAGGAGGCACGGGUCCCUCAUGUACCGUCUUGUUCAGAUAACAUCCGAGGAAGUUGUAGCAGCGUACAUAGAGCGGUGUAAAGAAGCAAAUCCGUAUCUAAAUGCUAUAGUCGAACCCCGGUACGAGGUGGCAUUAAAAGAAGCCAGGGUCAUUGAUAAAAUGAUAUCGUCUAAUGACAGGUCACCGGAUGAUCUGGCUAAGGAAUAUCCAUUGCUUGGUUUGCCUAUGACUGUAAAAGAAAGUAUUGCCGUUGAAGGAAUGAGCAACGAUUGUGGGACAGUACACUCAUACAGAAAUCCAGCGAAGCAAGAUGCGGCAAUCAUCAGAUUAGCAAGAGCUGCUGGAGCUAUUCCUAUUGCUGUUACCAAUACUCCUCAGUUGUGUAUGAACUGGGAGACAUACAAUAAUGUCACAGGGCUCACAAUGAAUCCUUAUGAUCCGAAAAGAACUACUGGGGGAUCCUCUGGUGGAGAGGCCGCGUUGAUUUCGUCAGCAGCAUCAAUAAUGGGGGUUGGAUCAGAUAUCGCUGGUUCAUUACGCCUGCCCCCAAUGUUCACAGGCAUUUUUGGACACAAGCCCACGCCAAGGCUUUUAUCUGUCGAAGGACAUGUCCCCGACUGUCUGGAUCCAAACUUUGAAGAAUACUUCGCGUUGGGUCCCAUCACUCGAUACGCGGAAGAUCUAACGUUACUUUUAAAGGUUCUUAAACAGCCAGGUGGACCUGAUGUGCCCCUUGACAAACCAGUGGAUGUAUCGAAACUAAAAUUUUACUAUAUGACUGGCGACAACAGCAAAGUUACCCACAAAAUUGGCUCUGACGUCAGGAAGGCGAUGGAUAAAGCCAGAAAACAUAUUAAAGAUAGUUUCAAUGUGGAGGUUGAAGAGCUCAAUAUACAGAACAUCGAACAUAUGUGGGAAAUCAGCAUCAGGGUUCUAAUGAACGUAAGACAUGUUCGCAACAUUUACACACACCCAGAAAAACGUGACCAGUGGGUGUCAGUAUGGCCAGAAUUGCUGAAGAAAAUGUUCGGAAUGUCGACACACAGUUUCACUGGAGUUGUGUAUGGACCAUUGCAGAAAUUCUUCGAUGCGUUACCAAAGAGUUAUUAUGACAAUCUACUUAAAAUGUUUGAACAAGUUAAGACUGAUUUUGAGAAAGCCCUAUCAGGAGAUACAGUAUUAUUAUUUCCAACGUAUCCGUACCCAGCUCACAUACACUACAGAGUGUACUACAGAUUCCUAAAUUGUGGAUAUCUUACAAUAUUCAACGCUCUUGGCCUCCCAGUAACUGCAUGUCCCCUAGGAGUGACUAAUAAGGGACUGCCAGUAGGAAUACAGAUUGUGGGAAAUAAAUGCAGCGAUCAUUUGACCAUUGCCGUUGCAAAGGAAUUCGAAAAAGCGUUCGGAGGCUGGGUACCCCCUAAUCAAGAAGUUAUCAAUAGUAUUAAGACUACAUAAUAUUGUUUUAAGUAUUUAGUUCGAAUAAGUGUACUAGCCUCCUUAUCAUAACUAAACGUACUCGACAUUUCUAGCCUAAUUGAGUUAUUAACAUUAUCUGGAAUUAGCAAAACGAGAUCAACAACCCCCUAUAAGCGGUUUUUUAUAUCUUAUUUAGUUUCAGUUUUAUUGUUAAGCAAACCAGCGUACUUGAUAUUUUUCAAGUAAAAAAAAAUUUCGGUGCCAAUAUCUCCAAAAUUACCAAAAUGUAAAUGCGUUUGUUAUGACAAGGAAGAUAGUGUAGCUCUCUACGCUACAGUGAACAUGUAUAAAGUAUCGAUAAACUCACAAUGGGAAAUAGCAAAUUUUUUUUUUUCUCUCAAUAUUACCUACGUAGAUGCCUUUAGCAAGUUGAAGACAACGAAAAGAAACAGGUAAUUCUUAGCACAAAUCAAAAUAUGUCACAUCAAGAAUUAUGUAUGUAUGUAAACACUUUAUUGUAUAACAAAGACAAAUAAUUUUUUUACAAAGAAAUAAAAUGUUAUUGUACAACGGCGAGCUUAUCCCAUAAAGGGAUUUCAUCCAGCUAACCUUUGAAAAAUUUAACAGAAAGUUGGCUCCUGUGUCGGCAAUAAAAACUAACAAUUAUCAUGAAAUUUAAUGUUACAGACUCAAUAAUUAUAAGAACAAAUUUAUUAUGUCAAAUGUACACACUAAUACAUAAUAUUAAGUAAAUCAUGAUGCUCUAAUACAUAUAAAAUAUACAGUAAAAUGCAUGCAAUGCAUUAUAUAAAAUAAGACUAUAAAUGAAUAUGUGAAAUGUAAACAAAUAUU